CAGAGGGCUCGGGGUCAGGCUCGUGUCUAUACCAUUGUUCACGACGAGGCGGCCAACAACGCAGGUACCACGUCUGACAUAAUUUCCUUAUCCAAUGUAACUAUCUUUGCGUUAUGUGACACUGGAGCUACUCAUUCCUUUAUAUUUUCUCAAUGCUUGGAGGCCCUGUCUAUUGAUAAUGUGUGCAACUGUGAUCCUCUUAAGGUUAGCCUGGCCUCGGGAAAAAUUAUUAUUUCUGACUCUAUGGUUCAUGGUCUUCAAAUCAGUAUUGGUGGGUAU